AUGAGAUUUCAGGGUGUCGCAAGCUGCUACCAGCUGCUCUCUGUGAUAGGCGUAGGAGCGGCCGGGACCGUGUUCAAAGGCCAAUACACCGACCCAGUAACCAAACAGACGUCUCUCUGCGCCCUUAAAGCAAUCAAUCUGGACCGGACGACCGUUCGGCUCGAAACCCUUCAGACCGAGUGCAAGCUGCUGGCCCAGUCAAACCACGAGAACAUUGUCGGAUAUUACUGCAGCUUUGUCCACCAACAGUACCUUUGGUUGGUAACUCCAAUCCUCGAGGUCAACAUCCAAGACUUGCUUCUUAAGUUGGCUCCAAACGGCUUCGACGAGGGGGUAAUUUCAUGCAUCAUGUACGAUAUCCUUCAAGCACUUAGCUACAUGGAACAGAAUAGACAGGUCCAUCGCGAUAUUAAGACCGCUAACAUACUACUGAACUCGUCUGGAACAGCCAAGCUUGCUGACUUUGGCGUUUCUGCGUUUUUGUGCGACGACUCUGUGGAGCGAAAAAUGCGGAACACACUGGUAGGGUCUCCCCUCUACAUGGCCCCCGAGGUCAUCUCCAUGCAGGGCCAUGAUUGCAAGGCAGACAUAUGGUCGUUCGGGGUAUGCCUCAUAGAACUGGCACAGGGGGUUCCUCCCAACAGCAAUCUGCCUCCCAUGGAGGUCAUCGUGAACAUUUAUCAGAAAGAUCCGCCUAAGCUUCCUGCGAAUAAGACAUUUACAAAGCAAUUUAGGGAGGUAGUGGAUAUGUGUAUGGUCAAGAACCCGAGGGAGAGGGCGUCGGCGACAAAGCUGCUAGAGACGAAAUUCUUCUCAAAGCAUGGCAAAAAGACCACAAUAGACAAUAUGCUUAUAGAAUACAAGAAGCUAAUGGGUGCACCAGUUAACGGUAACAAUGAUGAGCGUGUCAGCAUAGGGAAUCAGAUCUUGCGCAUGCCAGUAGUUAUAUCAGCGACGAUACCAGCUAACUCUAACCUGGAGUCGUGGGACUUUAACGACACGAAGACAGAGGCACAGAUCAAUGAAGCAAAGGCACUGGCUAGUGUUCCUUCCGACCAGAAGGCGCCGAUAUCCAAGACAGCAACUGCAAUAGACGUGGAGGGGGAUGUCUCCGAUGUGGGGACUGUGGCCAUGACUGCUCUCACAGAGCUCAUUAAGGGCUAUCGUACUCUUCAGGCAGAGAACGCUAAGCUCAAAGAGACAAACGAAAAGCUCAUACGACGAAUAAGGAUGUUCAGCGACCAGAAGAGGGAGUCUGAGGGCAAUAAUUGA